AUGCUAGCACGAAACCUCACUGCUGCGUUUUCCGAACAGCUCCGCGCUGUCAUGAAUAACAAUAAUCCUGCUCCACAACAAGUAUUGGAUGAUAUGGCAGAUCAAAUAAAAGAUCUGCGGGAACGGAUCGAGCCCCCUAACGAGACACCCAAAUCCCACGAAUCUCAAGAUGAGAACUCGGAGAUGUCACGUUCCAGCAAGAGAAACAAGAGGCGACGGGAAAGACCAAGGACUCACACGAGUCUCGGCAGAAGUGAUCCUAGAGGCAGAGAGUCUAAAACCGCCUCUCAAGAUGCCCGUACUUAUUUAGAAAGCAAAAAGCAUAAGUCAUCCGAAAGCAUCCAGUCACUGGUGGAUCGACGGAGGGAAGAGAGGAAGAGGGCGCAGCUGGUAGGAUCCAGCCAUCCCGCGAGUCCUGUAACCAUGCCGCAGAACGAAGAUGAGGUCAAAAUCCUCCCUGGAGAUCCUACGCCGAUAAUCUCUCCAAUGGCUCCUGAAAUACUAAACAUUCCCAACCCGGGGAAAAUAAAAAUCCCAAAUAUGGCAGCGUUUGACGGAACGUCAUGCCCUGAAGAACACUUGAUGGCGUACAAGAACCUGAUGGUGCUGCACACUACCAAUCCUUCCUUGUGGUGCAAAUUCUUCCCGACUACUCUUAUGGGAGCAGCCUUGACGUGGUACACCUCCCUUCCCCAAGGAAGUAUCCACAAUUUUGCCCAACUAGAAGGCAAAUUUCUGGGCCACUUUAUAGCCUCAAGAAGACAGGAGAAAUCAAACUUCCACCUACUAAGCGUCACUCAAUUGGAAGGAGAAUCCAUAUCCUCCUAUCUGAAGAAAUUCCAUGAGGCGGUGCUAGAGGUGACAGAUUUAGAGGAAUCAGUCGCCUUAAACGCCCUUAUCAAUGGAAUGAAGGCUCAAAGGCUCAAGUUCCAGUUGGUGGAAAGCCAGGUCAAGACAUAUGCGGAAGCCAUGAAGCAAUGUCAAAGUUAUGUCACGGCCUCCGAGGUAUGUCAGGCACACGACCCCAAGAGGCGGAAGUCUGACAAGAAAGACGCCGCAACCCCCCACCAAUCCUCGAGGAACCGAGAAGAGCACCAGUCGAGGAGGGAAAGAAAUCACACGCCACGUCGUCCCGCGCCCCCUUCAGAUAUGGGACCCCCGCGUUCCCAUCACAUUUAUACCGCGGCAGGGGAAUCCAGAACACGCAAUUUGUUGGACGGAGGAAACGACCUGAUGUUUAAUCGAAACAGAAGGGAUAUUUUCUUUGCCGUUCGCGACAAGUUGCCAACUCCACCUCCCACUACCACUCCUUCCAACAGGCGCAAUUACAAUUUAUGGUGUGACUACCAUAAAGAGCACGGCCAUACCCUUGCCCAAUGUCGCGAACUCAAGCGUAUCUUGUAUCAGCUGGCCGAUGAAGGAAAGCUUUCCAGGUUCCUCAACAAGAGGGACUAUGACGCGGGAGAAGGAGCAAACAGAAGGCAAUGGAAUCAAAGACGCGGAUCCCCCAAGAGGGAAGAGGCAAGGCGCGAAGGUUCCCAUACGCAAGGGACCAUCAACAUGAUUUUUGGAGGAUACACCGAGGAAUAUCCUACCGUCCGCGCUGCAAAAGACAGUGUUCAUAAUCUGCUGAAAAGACCAACAACGACCGUAACCAGCGAGCCGGUCAUGAAGUUUGAUGCCACGACCUCUCAAACGCUGCAACAGCCCCAUACUGACCCUCUGUUCGAGGAAAAGCACUUGCAGCCCCUCGAUAAGCCGCUGAUCGGGUUUGGGGGAAGUCAGGUCAUCCCGUUAGGAACGAUCAUUCUCCCCGUGCGCGUGGGAGAAAGAAGUGAAAGCAGGACCCUGCCCAUACGUUUCACGGUAGUGGAUCUCACUUUCCCUUACAACGCCAUCAUGGGACUUCCCCUCAUUAACAAGAUCAAAGCUGCAAUCUACCCGCAUCAACUCUUGUUGCAAUUCGAAUGGGACGAUGGGAAAGUUGGCAUCCUCAAGGGAGAUCAGAUAACGGCACGCCAAUGCCUUAUAAAUACUCUGAAGCGCGGACACUCCGCGACACCCGCCAAAAGGGAAAGGGAAGAUCAAGACGCUCCCGCUGUCAUGAGCGUAUAUAUGGAAAACCUAGCACACACGAAAGGCCUCGCCCCAUAG